CUUUGAGGGACCCGGCUCGCCAGAGAAGUUUAGGAGACCGAGAAAAUUUUGGGCCUUAGAGAAGAAAAGGGCAGCCAGACAUAACUCUCAAUUCCCCGCGUUCCGGAAAAUCACUGCCCCCCCCCCCCCGUGAGUCACAAGGGAGGCCGCUGCGGCUCGGCCAUUUGGAAAAGUAACUCUUUCCUCCCUUCCGCUCCCUCCCCCGCAGCGCACAAGGAGAGAUCUGUUCGGGGCUGGGGGAGGGCGCGCAGGAGGCCGCCCCGGGGAAACCCGAAACCCUGGGAGCUGUGCGGCCCGGGAGCGGGUCCAAGGCUGAGCCCUCCCGGGCUCAGCCUGAGACCCCGGACGCCUGGGCCACGCUCGUGCGGGGCCCAACUGCGCCCACGUGGACGCACACGGGCUCGCGGGGCUCGAAGCGUCCCCUCCUGCACGCCGAGUGGCGACUGCGAGCCUCCCACCCGCACACAAAGGAGAUGGAGACGCCCCUCGGGCCUCUGGGGAGAGGGCGCCGGCCCUGGAGCAAGCUCGGCUCCCGCCGGGGCUGCCCACUCCCAGAGCCCUCACUCCCCCGACGAAGAACUACCACCGCCCAGAAGGUCCCUCCUCACCUGGCUCCAGGCUCCCGAACCCCCAGGGGACGCGCGCAAGGGGGGCCACACCGCCCGUCGCCCCUUUGCCCUCCAAUUGGCACGGAGGCACGAGACCCUCCAGCCUUCCGGCUCGAAAUCGUCAGUCUUCCAACCCGGACCCUUUGGCUUUCCCAUGCCGACCCCAGUGAGACUGCGGUGGGCUCCAGGUCUUCCAUCUCUGACGAUUGCUCGGUUCUCCAGCGCGCAGACAGCCCUUUUGCACUCUUCACACCGGACUCCGUGGGCAGUCACUCUUAUACUCCAGUGUGGCGGGAUGACCUGCAGAACCACACGUUCCGGCACACGGUUUUCUGCCAAGAAGGGACUCCUAGCAUCGGGCUCUCUGAGAGCUAUGACGAGGACCUGCUUUUUUCCUUCGAUUUUUCCAAGAACACCCGGGUGCCUCGCCUGCCUGACUUCGCUGACUGGGCUCAGGACCAGAGUGAUGCCCCUGCCAUUGCAUUUGACAAACAAUUCUGCGAGAUAAUGGUCCAGCAACUCGACCCAGUACUUGAUGGGCAAAUCCCAGUGUCCAGAGGUUUCCCUGUCCCUGAGGUGUUCACUCUGAAGCCCCUGGAGUUCGGCAAGCCCAACACACUGGUGUGCUUCGUCAGUAAUCUCUUUCCCCCCAUGCUGACGGUGAGCUGGGAGCAUAAUUCUGAGCCGGUGGAAGGAGUCGGGCCCACUUUUGUCUCAGCCGUUGAUGGACUCAGCUUCCAAGCCUUUUCUUACUUGAACUUCACACCAGAACACUCUGACGUUUUCUCUUGCAUGGCGACUCAUGAGAUUGACCGCUACACAGCAAUUGCCUAUUGGGAUACCCAAGUCGUUGCCCUGGGCAGAGGGCUCCUCAGCCAGGUCCCCAUGCUGACCUGCACCUUUCCUCCAGUGCCCCACAAUGCCCUGCCCUCGGAUCUCCUGGAGAACGUGCUGUGUGGUGUGGCCUUUGGCCUGGGAGUGCUGGGUAUCAUCGUGGGCACUGUCCUCACUGUCUACUUCGGAUGGCCUUGCUCAGGUGACUGAUUCGUCCUGACUCCAGUUUGACGCCAGCGACAUCUCCAAGCAGAGGAUGCUCGGCUUCUCAUGUGCUGUCUAGGGUCUUUCCUCGGAGCAGAAAGAACCCUGGCACUCCGGGGGCCUGUGUGUGGUGUCUCAGGUGGGGCUGGGCCAUGCUUGGCUUUGCAUCCAGAGCAGCCCAGAGCAGCCGCCUCCAUUCCCACAUUGAGGCAAUAAAUCUCAGUCCUCAGUUCUUAA